UUAUGCUACUAUACUAUGUACUCGCAUGCCCAGCAGUGGCAGGACGGAGCCCGUCUGAACUGCAUGGGGCGGAGUGCUAAGACGUCGCCCCACCCCGCCUUCUGCACGGUUGUUGGUGAAUACGGAACUGCGGAUUGCGCUGCGCUCCAGCUCUGCAGAUACAGGAGGCUAACACGUACUCCGAAAAGCCGAAGACAUUAUCAAUUUGGACCGACUGGCGCGUGGUCAUUAAUGAUGUUGCGCUUGCGGGCGUUGUCUGCACUUUCAGUGGGGUUAGCACAGCUGUCCAGGCGCCACCACACUGGCGCAGUGCGGGGGUCAGGCCGGAGGAGGCUGAUGCUGGCAGCCCUGGCUGGAGUGACUGGUGUUUCUGCGAGUGCUGGACUUCUCUGGAAACGAGCAUAUGCAGAUGCAGGGCCUUCCGUUCAACACUCUGAACAACCAGACAGAGAGGGAGUGGAUUUCGUGAAGGAUACAGAUUCUGAGACGGGCUCCGAGAAAUCGGUGGAGGCCAGCAGUGGAGAUGAAGAAUCAAAAGAUGAAGGUGGUGAAGGGAAAAAGAAGAAGGCACGCUCUGGAUUCCGUGACCGCAAGGUGAUGGAGUAUGAGAACAGGAUAAGAGCCUACUCCACUCCGGACAAGAUUUUUCGUUACUUUGCCACGCUGAAGGUCAUAGGCGAGCAUGGAGAUGCUGAGGUCUAUAUGACGCCCCAGGACUUCAUACGCUCAAUCACACCCAACGAGAAACAACCUGAGAAUCUGGGCCUGGAUCAGUUCAUUGUGAAGCGCUACGAUGGGAAGGACUUCUGGCAGACGGAGAAGAUCGCCCAGGAGAGGGAGAAGUUUGCAGAUGAGGACAGCAUAUUUUACACACUGGGAGAAUGUGGCCUUAUCUCCUUCUCAGACUACAUCUUCCUCACCACUGUGCUGUCCACUCCCCAGAGGAACUUUGAGAUUGCCUUCAAGAUGUUUGAUCUGAACGGUGAUGGAGAAGUGGACCUGGAGGAGUUCGAACAGGUCCAGAGCAUCAUUCGUUCUCAGACCAGUAUGGGCAUGCGACACCGUGACCGCUCGACCACAGGAAACACCCUGAAGACGGCCGGCUGCAGCUCUGCUCUCACCACCUACUUCUUUGGAGAAGACCUGAAGGGAAAGCUCACCAUUGGCAGCUUUCUGGAGUUUCAGAGGAAACUGCAGCAUGACGUGCUCAAACUAGAGUUCGAGAGGAACGAUCCUCUGGACGGCAGAAUCACAGAGAGACAGUUUGGGGGCAUGUUGCUGGCCUACAGCGGCGUCCAGUCUCGUAAACUCAAGCAGAUGCAGAAGGGCUUGAAGAAGAUGUUUAAGGAUGCGCAGGGCAUCACAUUUGAGGAGGUGGAGAAUUUCUUCACUUUCUUAAAGAACGUGAAUGACGUGGACACAGCCCUGAGUUUCUACCACAUGGCUGGAGCCUCCAUAGACAAAGUUACCAUGAAGCAGGUGGCCCGCACCGUGGCCAAAGUGGAGCUGUCAGAUCACGUGUGUGACGUGGUGUUCGCUCUGUUCGACUGUGAUGGGAACGGAGAGCUUAGUAAUAAGGAGUUCAUAGCCAUUAUGAAGCAGCGGCUCAUGCGUGGGCUGGAGAAACCCAAGGACAUGGGCUUCACUCGGCUGGUGCGUGCCAUGUGGAAGUGUGCUCAGGAUACCGCCUGGGACUUUGCCACACCAAAGACAUAAAAGAGACAGGAGGCAAGGUGUGAGAGGACAGAGAAAAGACAUAAAGCAACACCGGUACACCGGUUACUCUCUUUCAGCAGGUCUUCAGAAUAAAAUGACAAUUAACGCAACAAACUCAUUAUGGCUGCAGCUCUGAGGGGCAUCAUCAAUCUUUAACACAUGUUGCACUAGUUCACACUAUCAGUAUAUUGACUGAAGCAUGCUGACACAGCACAGGGCGUCCUGAAAGGCUUGUCUGUAGCCUGUCCAAGGCAUCUUGGGUAUUUGUACAUCUUAAAAUAUACGUAUGCUAAUUUUGGCCAUAUUCUACAGAGGAAUGAGUAGAGAGUGUGAGCAGUGUGUGACCCUUUGUCAAACUUUAAAAAUGGCACUUUUAUAUCCGCUUAAUACGUUUUACUGCAAAAGGCAAGACAAGAAGUGCAGUCAAUCUUAUUUGACCUUCAGCUGUACAAAUGCCGCAGUAUGUCUGUUCUAUACUGACCACAGACCCUUAGUCAUAUCUUUGGUGGGAUGGAGGGAAGAAGCCUGUAAUCUUCUUAGCAACUCUGCAUUCAGUCUGCAAGCUCCAGCUGCCUCUUUUCUCCCAUCAGUCUGUUUCCAUAAAAGAUCAUCGAUGCUUGUCUUGCUCUACAAUACAUAUGUAUUCUAAUUAUUAUUGCUCAUUGAAACACUUUAUAUAAGAUGGAUGUUAAAAGAAAUGCUCUAUUAAACAUGUUUUUAAUAAUGUAAAA